AUCAUCACAACCUCACCCAUUUCUGUUCUCCUCCAGUCACUUCACUUUCUGUAUCUUCUUAGAUUCUUCUUCAUUGUUCAAGCACACACACACAACUAUAUUUGCUUCCUCUUACCUUUAUAAUUUUUUUUUCUCUUUCUUUCCCAUCAUUUUGAGACUUUUUUUUCCAGACAAACUUUCAACAUGUUUGGCCUUACUUUUGAUUUAGAAGUUAGAACAGUCUCAUAGGACAGAAAAAACAAAGCCUUUUGUACUGUUAGUGUCUCUCUAACAACGUUUCUCUAUCUGGGUAGUUCUUGAAUCUUGAAACAAAGCUAUCUCUGUGUCUAUUUUGUAUAUUCCGAACAAUCAGAAAGCUGGAAAAGGAAGUAGAAGAGAUAUAAGGAGGUGGGUAUCUUUUAGUUUUAUAAGAGAGUUUGGAAAGAAAAAGAUAAGAUUUUUGAGAAAGAGGAGGGUGAGAUCUAUAAAAGGAAGAUGAAAAUUCAGUGUGAUGUGUGUGAGAAAGCCCCAGCAACAGUUAUUUGUUGUGCAGACGAGGCAGCACUGUGUGCAAAAUGUGACGUUGAAGUUCAUGCGGCUAACAAGCUUGCAAGCAAGCACCAGAGGCUUCUCCUUCAGUGCCACUCCAACAAGCUCCCUAGAUGUGACAUCUGCCAGGAUAAGGCUGCUUUCAUUUUCUGUGUCGAAGACAGAGCCCUCUUUUGUCAGGAUUGCGAUGAACCAAUUCAUUCAGCUGGUAGCCUUUCAGCAAACCAUCAGCGAUUCCUGGCCACUGGAAUCCGUGUUGCUUUGAGCUCCGGUUGUAAUAAGGAAACUGAGAAAAGUAGCUUGGAGCCUCCGAAUGAGAACAAACAACAGGUUUCCUUGAAAACGCCCACACAACAAGCUUCUAGCUUUUCAUCUCAGUGGGCUCUUGAUGAAUUCCUACAUUUUUCUGAUUCUGAACCCUCUGACAAGAAAGAGCCACUUGAACUAGGAGAGCUUGAAUGGAUAGCAGACAUGGGACUUUUUGCUGACCAAUUUCCUCAGGAGGCCUUAGCAGCAGCGGAAGUUCCUCAGCUUCCAAUGUCACAGCCAAGCAAUUUUACCUCAUACAGACCUGUCAAAUCCAACAUGCCUUACAAGAAGCCGAGAAUCGAAUUCCCAGAGGAUGAUGAUGAGCACUUCACUGUUCCUGAUCUUGGCUAGAAGUCAUACAAAGGAAUUUUAUGUGUUGAUGAAUUAUACAAUCAUACUUCCACAAGUACGUGUGUGUAUUUAUGUAUGCAUGUAUGUAUAUGUGUGCAAUGAGUUGAAAAUGCAUUUUAGGAGUUGCUGAUCUUUCUAGCUAAAAGGUUUAGUUUAGGGGAAUUGGUUCUGUUCACUCUCAAUAUGUAAUUUUUGUCUACUCUUAUAAUUUGUGAAGUUUGCACUCAA